CAGUGCAAAAGUUUCAAAAAUCCAAUUUCUCAGCGAUCAAACACACAGUCUCGCUCUCAACAAAAAUGGAAGAUCUAUGUAAUUCCUCGAUGAGGUUCUUCUCCGAUCAACACCUCUGCUUCGCCGAUAUCAUCCCUCCUUCUGAGGUCCGAGCGAGAAUCGAAGUUGCGGUGCUCAAUUUCCUCAGGAUCUUGACCUCUCCGGCUCCUGCAAUCUCCGAUCUUCCUCUGAUCAAUAGGAAGUCAAGCAAUAGGCGAGUGAGUCAAGGACUGUUAACUGAAGUUUCAUGGAUUUUUCUCUCUCACUCCUUUUGCACAAGGUCUUUGAUGCGAGCCAAUGCCGCUAAAGCCUUCAUUCGAGUGUGGAAGGUGAUGGAGAUGUGCUUUCAGAUUCUGGUGCAAGAAAAGCGGGUCACGCAGAGGGAGCUCUUCUACAAGUUGCUUUGUGAUUCUCCAGACUAUUUUACUUCUCAGUUGCAGGUUAACAGGACAAUCCAAGAUGUAGUAGCAUUGCUUCGAUGUAGCCGAUUCAGUCUUGGAAUCAUGGCAUCUAGCAGAGGACUUGUUGCAGGGCGCCUGUUACUGCAGGAGCCAAACGAAGAGGUUGUGGAUUGUUCUGCUUGUGGAUCAUCUGGGCAUGCUAUUUCUGGUGAUCUGAAUUUGUUAGAGAAGUUGAUUUUAAAGACAGAUGCACGGUACAUUAUUGUAGUGGAAAAGCAUGCAAUAUUCCAGCGGCUAGCAGAGGAUCGCAUAUUCAACCAAAUUCCAAGCAUUCUAAUCACCGCAAAAGGGUACCCAGAUAUUGCCACAAGGUUUCUUCUUCACCGAUUAAGCCGGGCUUUUCCAGACUUGCCUAUUUUAGCACUGGUUGACUGGAAUCCAGCUGGAUUGGCUAUACUCUGCACCUUCAAGUUUGGAAGUAUAGGGAUGGGACUGGAGGCAUACAGAUAUGCUUGCAAUGUGAAAUGGUUGGGACUUCGAGGAAAUGAUCUACAACUCAUACCUGAACAAUCUAUGGUUCCACUGAAACAGCGGGACUUGCAAAUUGCUACAAGCUUGAUGUCCUCAGAAUUCUUGCAGGAGAACUACAGAGAAGAACUAGCAGUAAUGGUUCAGCUUGGUCAGAGAGUAGAAAUCGAGGCUCUGUACUUCCACGGAUAUGGUUAUUUGGGAAAGUAUAUAGCAAAGAAAAUUGUACAAGCCAAUUACAUCUAACAAAAUAGUCCCUAUAGGUAUGGAAAGAAGAUUGUUCAAGGAGUGGAGACGAGCCCAUUGCUAAUAAGAUGGAAAUAUACAAGAGCAUAGCUAUUAUGUACUUGUGAUCAGCAAUAGGUUGGAGUACCAAUGUACAUGAUACGCCAGCCACAUUCCGAUCAAAUCAUAGGGAACCUAACACCACAAGCAAGUCUGACAAUUUCAAGUUGCAAUGCCUAGGACACUAUUGUUUGACAACUAAUUCAGAUAAGCAGCCGUAAUUCCACAAAUAAUUUGAUAA